CCAGAGUGCAGCAGGCAGCGGGACCUAAAAUUCAGUAACACCAGGUUUCCCGAGAUCGCCUCCCAUGGUUCUUCCUUCCAUCUUUAACAGGUCACCGUCAAAGAAGUCCAAAGACGCCGCCACUCCGACCCUCGCUCACAGGACAAGCCCGCAGACGCAAGGCACUCCUCCCAGCUCGCCCGACAAAAAAUCGCACUCCCGCGUUAAAGAGCGGGAACGCACUAGCAGCAGCCGGCGCUCCUCCACAUUCUCGUCAAGGCGCUCGUCCAAGUACGACGCAGACACGCACCCGCUAAAUUUGUCUCCGGAAGAGCGGCAGCGCUUGUCCUUCUCAGCCAUGUCUGCCAUGGAUAUCGACCGUGACUCGUCCUCGCCCGCACCCUCGAGCCCUGCUGCAGAAGUCCCCGGUGGCUUCCCCAAGACAAAUGGCACAAACGGCGACCACGAGGGCCGUCCGGCUCCUCCACCGCACCGGUAUACUAAGAGCCCGCCGCCCAGCAGCGGCAACUAUGCUGCCACCCCCGAGGCUGCGACGCCGCCCGCAGAGAUGCCUACAAUAGAUGCCGAGGAGUACAAGGCUGCCGGCAAUAAGUUUUUCAAGAUCAAGGACUACCCCGCGGCCAUCAAGGAAUACUCAAAAGCUAUCGAGGCUGACCCCAAGAAUGCCACAUACUACUCCAACCGUGCGGCCGCCUACAUCUCCGCCAACCGUUUCGCCGAGGCCCUGGGAGACUGCAAGACUGCAGAUGAGCUGGACUCGGACAACAUGAAGAUCAAGCUGCGAUUGGGCAGAGUGUACACCAGCCUGGGACGGCCAGAUGAGGCUCUUCAGGUCUACAACUCCAUCAAUGCUACAGCAAAGGACAUGCAGCCUGCAGUGCUUAUGAAGAAGAACCUCGAUAUGGCUGAGCAGACCACAAAAGACGGUGGCGGAGGUUCCAUGGUCAUCUACGCUCUCAAUGAAGCUGACAAGGGCCUUGGAAACGGUGUCGAGCGCCCGCGGAAAUGGCAGCUGUUGCGUGGUGAGGCUCACCUGCGCAUGGGCAACGUCAAUGCGCUAGGCGAGGCCCAGAACGUCGCCAUGUCCAUGCUGCGGAACAACAACCAGGACCCUGAUGCGCUCGUACUCCGCGGCCGCGUUUUGUACGCACAGGGCGAGAACGACAAGGCGAUACAGCACUUUAGGCAGGCACUGAGCUGUGACCCUGACUUCAAGGACGCAGUGAAGAACCUCCGCAUGGUGCAGAAGCUUGAGCGCAUGAAGGAGGAGGGAAACACUGCCUUCAAGUCCAGCCGGUUCCAGGAGGCCAUCGGUACAUACGGCAAGGCUCUUGAGGUCGACCCUUCGAACAAGCUCACGAACUCAAAGAUCUUGCAGAACCGGGCCCUCUGCCACACCAAGCAGAAGAGCUGGUCCGCUGCGAUCGCUGAUUGUGACAAGGCCCUCGAACUGGAUCCGACUUACACAAAGGCGCGCAAGACUAGGGCGAAGGCAUUGGGCGAGUCUGGCAAGUGGCAGGAUGCUGUCCGCGAGCUCAAGGCUAUUCAGGAAGAGAACCCGUCUGAGCCUGGAAUUGCGAAGGACAUCCGCAAUGCCGAGCUCGAAGAGAAGAAGGCUCUACGAAAGGACUACUACAAGAUCCUCGGCAUCGAGAAGGACGCAACCGAACAGCAGAUCAAGAAGGCUUACCGCAAGCUGGCAAUCGUUCACCACCCGGACAAGAACCCUGGUGACGAGGAGGCUGCCGAAAGGUUCAAGGAGAUCCAGGAAGCCCACGAGACCCUCAGCGAUGAACAGAAACGUGAACGAUACGAUUCCGGCGCUGACCUCAUCGAUCCCUCUGAUAUGUUUGGCGGCGGCGGCGGCGGUAUGGGAGGAAUGGGCGGUGGUAUUGACCCCGAGAUCCUUAUGCAGAUGUUCGGCGGUGGAAUGGGAGGUGGACGAGGAGGAGGAGGCGGUGGCUUCCACUUCCAGGGCGGCGGUGGUGGCGGCAACCCCUUCGGUGGAAUGGGGGGUGGGAUGCCUGGCGGCGGUCGCAGGGGCCAGCAAGGAGGAUUCCCGGGUGGCUUCCCCUUCUAAGGACAGCACCACUCCGCACACAAUCACCUCAGCAUCGACACACCGUCUCAGAUGGACAGCCCACAAAGGUCCACCUAUCAACGGCCCGCACGAUCUACGAUCUACUUCACGAGCGCAUCUAUUGGCCUGGUUUACUUCCUUUGUGUCCAUACCUCACAUUUGGUUCUACGCACGGCGUUGGGUUUGGGAAGCGCGAGCUGUGAGCGCUAGAAGACAGAUAGACCGCAUUGACCGCAACAUUCAUGUUGGUCGCUAUCAGCAUUGCAAGGAGUAUUGCUUUGGCCUUGCUACCCAAGGCUGUGUAUAGUUGUCACAAUUCAACGGCUC